UAAGUUAUUUACGGCAAUAUGAACUGGAUGAAGAUUUUAUCAAUUUGUAUGUUACUGACAUUAAGUUCCACCUCACUCAUUGAAGCUUUUAGUAAAGGGUCUCCUCUGACCACCAAGAAAAUGUGGCAGCUCCUUGAAGAAUACUACCCUAGAAUAAUAGGAGGAGUUUUUAAACGUUUCAAAAAUAUUCAACUGCAGAAAUUGGAUAAUGCUAAACGUGGACUUGAUUUGGGCUUAAGUCGUGGAAUAAGCGGCACACAGUCAGGAAAACAUUUAAUCGGCCUAAAUACUGCACAGUUUUCCGAUGGACCUGGAAGAAGGCGCCGUUCAGAAUAGUCAAAAGAAUCCUGAAUGGUCUUCUGCAUAGCUUUCCAAAUAAAAUACAAUAUAGUAUAUCUUUGCAUAGUGCUUGAACUAAUUAUGUGUUGUAUAAUUAUUCUAAACAUUUGCACUUUCAAUUAAUUAACCUCUUAUUAUUAACUAAUCAAUGUUCUAAAUCGUCCCAUGAAUUAUUGGGAUGCUUGUAAUGAUUUCUAAAUUCCAAAAAUAAUUAACGUAAAAUAUAUAACAAUAAUUUAGUAUUGUACUGCUUGAAUGCUCAACCCUGUUUCUCUUCUAAUAUAUGUCGUGAAUGUUCAAAAGUAGAGGUUUCAGUAUUUUACAAUUCUGUAUCAAUUUUUUAUCGCCAGGUUUCUUUAUAAUUCGAUAUCGAUUUGAUUCGACAUUCCUAUUUAAUG